AGCAGAAGUUACCGCCGCCGCCGCCGCCGAUCACCGAUGGCGAUCGCCGCCGCGCGCUGGCGUCUGUGGCGCGGGCUGACGACCGCGGCCGUAGGGGUGGAAGAGGACACCGGCGCUUUGCUCGCCCGCCUUGUCGCCGAGCCGGAGCACCGGGUGAAGGCGACGAUGGAGGAGGCCAGCAGCGCCUCGGCGCCGGGCGCCUUCUGGGAGCCCCUCGCCGCCGCCCUCCUCCGCGCGUCGUCCCCGGUGAAGGCGCACCUCGUCUUAGAAUGGAAGCUAGAAAAGCUAGUCAAGGAAGCGAUCCAUGAUUGUGAGCCCUACACAGUAAUAAUCCGUUACUGUCGAGAGACGAAGAAUGCAGCGUUUGCGAUGAAAGUAUUUGAAUGCGUGGAGGAACUGGGAAUUCAGCUGAACACUGGCAUUUUCAAUGCCCUUAUCGAUGCUUUCUUGUCGGUAGGAGAUCUCCUUGCUGCAACUACCUUAUAUGAGACUAUGGAAGAUAUGGAGGAUUGCAAGCCCAACUCCGCUACAUAUGAUGCAUUCAUCUCUGCAUUUUCACGGCUUGGUAGUAGCCAUGCAAUGAUGAGCUGGUACCUGGCAUCAAAGGAUGCAGGAUUUACUCCUAGUAUCGAGGCCUUUGAAUCUUUGAUCACAGGUUUUGUCAAGUUGAACAGGCUAGAUGAUGCUGAACUGGUAUUUGAAGAAAUGAUUUGCUUUGAAAUUAAGCCAAAUAUUGCUAUAUUGGAGACCAAGCUUGUGCUGCUUUCAAGAAGGAAAGACCCUAAUAGGGUAAAAGUAUUUUUGGAACUUUUAAGCGAUGGAAAUCAAGAGUUGAGUGAAGCUACAGUGGAGAGGUUAACAAGAUUAUGUCUGUACGAAGACAAAACUGAUGAACUGGAGCAGUUGCUUUCCCUAGUACAAGGCAUGCACUUGGGUUCUUUAACUAAGCUGCACUGUGGAAUUGUCAGGUUCUAUGCUAAUGCUGAUCGCUUGUCAGAUAUGGAGCAUGCAAUUUUCCGGAUGUUGGAUAAUGGCAUAAUUUUUGCCUGCUCAGAGGAUGUUGAGGCUGUUAUCUGUUCUUAUUUUCGUCACAAGGACUUUGAUAGGUUGGAUCUGUUCUUAAACCAAAUCCAAAGUUUGUACAAACUCACCCGGUCUACUUAUGAUGUAUUGAUUUCUGGAUAUCAGAGGUUCAAUUUACACGGAAGGCUUGACUCAGCCAUAAAGGAUAUGAGGGACGCUGGGUUUGUGUGAUAUCCUGAAAAACAUUAAUUGUUUGGUGAACUCCUACAUCUGAUAUUUCCAGAACCCAUAAGGGCAUCAGGCAUGAACUUGUGCCCUCCGGGUUAGAGUUUAUUCAACAUUCAGAUUCUUUUCCUAGUUCUAUCUAGGGAAUAGGAGAGAUCUCAGACUCAGAUAUAUUACCAUGACAAGUCAUUGAUGGUGUGCGCGCACAUAUGGAACAAAAUGCUUGAUUUUUUAUGCAUCUAUUCAGUCAAGAUGCUAGCGAAUUUUAGAAGAAUUUGGGAUUUCUUUAGAUGCUAUCUUGAGACCCUGUGUGCACAUAUGGGAUGAAAAUGCAGUUACCUGGGCAUCGUACUUUAUUUUGCACGCAUCUAUUCAGCCAAUGGUAGUGAGCUUUAGAAGCAAUUGAUAUUUCGUUAGAUGCUAUCUUGGAGACCCUGAAUUUGCUGGUAUUACAUUAGCGAGAGAUGGGUUGAGCUGAAGAAUUGCAAUAUUUGAGCCUUUAAGGUAUCGGACAUGUCAUUUAGGUAUGUCUGCUUUGAGGUGACGAUGUUCCACUGUUUCUGGCCUGAUGUUCUUACAUCAUAUUCUUUUGUAUUUGAGAUACUGAUAUUAUGUUUGAGACCUGAUUAUGUUCUUGGCAACUAGUACAUUAUAUGACAUAAGAAAUAUGAUUACUACUAUAUCCAAGUCUUGUCAUCCAUCCGCCCUAGUUUAUAAAUAUGCUCCAUAAUGUUGAACCUUUGUUUAGUUGUGAUCAUAUCAAAUGUAAGGAUACAUGAUAACAUUCCUUCCAUAAGCUAACUUAUGU